CUUAAACAAGUAACAAUGAGUAAAGCAGAGGCUGAAACAUUAUUGAACCAACUUGAAAGACCUGUUUUUACCUUAGCAAAUGAGCAACAACAGUAUCGGCAGGGUCAACAGGUUGUUGUUAACAUGAAUAUAGAAGACGGCAAAGUAGAGAAUAAUGACAAUGAUGAGGACAAUGGAAAAGAAAACGAGGAUGAGGAUGACUGGUGGGAAAGCGAUUCUGAGUCAAGCACUGGAUCAUAUUAUUCAGACAACAGCUCGAUUGUGGAGUGGGAUUCAGCCAUCGAAUGGACAGGAGAAGUUUUUUAUAUCGAGUCAUUUCCUGCUGCUCCAGGCUCUUUUCAAACCCACUGUCCCCGACGCAUCUUGGAGUCAAAGACUCCAUCGCCAGAAUUGACCAGGCGCAGAAGUACCAGGGCAGGCAAGUUUAUGCGGCUCAUACGGCGUCGUGAUAGUCGAAGGUACAGUCUUAGAAAUAAAGCAAGGAUGGAAAGGACUUCUUCUCCAAAUAAUGAAAAACCAGCCCACAAAAGUGUCAGCGGUCAUGGAGGUGGCAAGGAAGUUACAUUCAGGGAUACCGAGGUUUCUGAGAUUAGACAAGUUGUUGUCAGAAUUGAUCCUGGAAAAAGACAUAAGUUAGGAAGACGAGCUUCACUUUGUGAAGCUUACAUAGGGAUUGUGCCGGGAUCUUUUUCUGACAACAUCAGAGUAAUGGUCGCUGGUUUUGUACCUGGUGGAGAUGCGAUGAAGAAUAAGAUUGCCAAGAUUGGAGACUGGCUGCGAAGUAUCGAUGGCAAGGAAGUUAGUGUUCAAAAUCUGGAGAGCCUGUUAUCAGAAAUUUUAGAGCCCAUGGAUGUCAACUUGGAGCUGCAGAGAGUGGCUGGUACAGAAGUAGGCAAAACACCGUUGGAGCCAAUCUCAGUGAAACAGCAGUCGUCCAUGGCCUAUCGUUUGGUGUCGGAGGAGUAUUCCCGUUCACUUUUGGAGUCUUUAAUGAAAUUCUCUGUUGGCAUAAUAUUCCUGAGAACAACUGGCCUCUCUGAAACUGGUCCUGAACUACAGGAUGUCAUCUACAGCUUUCCUAGAUCGCCUAACAAAUGCAUGCAGUCUGUUCUCUGCCGAACGAGAGGGGCUUUUGUUACUCUAGAUCACAUGUUGUCCAGUCUAUUAGGACCUCGCCCAAUCAGUACAACAACCUUGUACGAUAACGAACUCAUUAAUGUUUCGUAUAUACCAGAAGAGGAGGAGCUGUUGUUAUUAGCAUUACCAGAAAAAAACUGCUGCCUUCAAAAGACAUUGGAAAUUUCUGAGGACGUCGUGAGAGCCUUGGAGUUGAGUUACCAAAGUUUAAGUAAAUGUUUUUCUGCAAAGGACAAUCAUUUGGCUCUCGAUCAUUUUUUUGCAUUACUAUUCUGGAGGAUUAUCAUAGAUCCUUCUGAAGCUGCUUCUGAUCUGAAGAAGCCGAGAAGCGAUGUAUCAAUGAGAAUCUUGUCAUCCAAUUUUAAUGAUACUUUACCCGCAGCACGUUGCAUUCAACUGCCCAGAGAUGCCCAAAUUCAGAUUGACGCUGCAUUAAAUGAAAUGGAAGCCAUGGACUACAGAAACUGGAACGAAGACCCCAUGAACUGCCAACGCCUCUACACAAUUCUCGGUAGCUCUCUCUACCAUAGAGAUUUUUUACUGGCUUCUCACCUUCCCAGUCAAGAUCUCAUAGAAAUCCAUUCGUUUCUCCGUCAGAAGGGACUCUUGAGUUUAGUUAAAGAAGAGGCAGUGAAAUCUUUGGUAGUUUGGAAGGAAGUCUAUCCUCUGUCUUGUAAUCGAGGAUGUUUCAAAACCGUUGCAGAUGGGCAGCCAUUUGUUCCCAAUGGAAAGUGGUUUCUACUCGUUGUCGGUUUUGGCCAUCAAUUACUCACUGUUCUAUUAGAAUCAGGAGGAUGUACUGCAGAACUUGAAGAAAACGCCCGUCCUGAUGUUUUUUAUGUUGAGGAGGCACAGGAAACAUUGAAACACGUUCAAAAAAUUGGGAUACCAACGUUGGCAGAGAAAUGGUUGGGGGCCAAUACCAGGCCAGAGAUGAAAACGAUCAGAGAUCGAAGCUUAAAUAAAUUCAUCCCAAGUAUUGCAGAAAAUUUACUUUUGGGACUUGUAAAAUCUGGCGAGCCUCGAUCCAUUGUACAGAAGAUCAGCCCUAUAGAUCCCAAAAAGAGCCAAGAGGUGUCGUCUAUUUUGAAAAGACGCACUUUGGAUCGGAGCACAGCAUCUACGGGAUCAGUGAAUUCGUUGCAAACUUCAGAGGAUUCUAUGAGUCAAGGUACAGGUGCAGUGAGUGAGGCAAGCGAUGAAGCAGCUCCGAUUCUUGGGCGACGAGCCACCAGGGAAAGAGUGAAUAACUCAAAUUUGCAUCAAUCUGAUGGCAGUGAUUCAGAAAUGGAUUACGACAGAAUUGAGAGUCAGCUUAGCACAAUGGACAUUGCAGACAUUCGCAGAAAUUUACUGAACCAAGCAGCGUAUAUAGUCCCAAAGAAAGUAAGCGCGGUAAACGAGGAGGUUCUACUUCACUAUGUGUAUUUUGACACACUGGAAGGAAUUCUCAUAUCCUCAAACUUUGACAUUGGCGGAAAUUCAAAAGAAUCUUCCCAGAUCCUACAUCUCUUCAACAGCAGUGCUAAUAUAAUACAUAGACUAUUAAAGAAGACGGUUAGGUUUGAAAAAAUGCUGAAUCAGGAUACUGGAAAGUCAGUGAUCAACAAGAGCCUUAUUGCAAUCAAAGAACAUGGAGUUUUGUUUGAGGUAAAUGGAUGCAGUUAUUGGGUUGUUGGACGGUCUUAUGCUACUCCCCAACCUAGGGAACUGUACGUGUGCUACAAUGACGAUGUUCCACAGAGUUUGAUUGAAAUGGCAUUCAGAUUAAACACUACGUAAUCAUUUACCUGACUUGCAAACAUAAGAUUCAAAAUAUGUAUCAGUUUAGAUUUUGUAUGAUUAGACCUAUGUUUACAAAUAAAUACAAGCCACUUUCAUGA